UGGGAUCAUGUCACUAUGGCCAACCGGGAGUUGGCGUUUAAGGCGGGUGACGUCAUCAAGGUCCUGGAUGCUUCCAACAAGGACUGGUGGUGGGGCCAGAUCGACGAUGAAGAGGGAUGGUUUCCUGCCAGCUUUGUGAGGCUGUGGGUGAACCAGGAAGACGGUGUGGAAGAAGGGACCAGUGAGGUACAGAAUGGGCACCUGGACCCCAAUGCCGACUGCCUCUGCCUGGGCAGAUCACUGCAGAACCGGGACCAGAUGCGGGCCAAUGUCAUCAAUGAGAUCAUGAGCACCGAGCGCCACUAUAUCAAGCACCUCAAAGACAUAUGUGAGGGUUACUUGAAACAGUGCCGAAAGAGGCGGGACAUGUUCAGCGAUGAGCAGCUGAAAGUGAUUUUCGGCAACAUCGAAGACAUCUACCGGUUUCAGAUGGGCUUUGUACGUGACUUGGAGAAGCAGUAUAAUAAUGAGGACCCACAUCUCAGUGAGAUCGGGCCCUGCUUCCUGGAGCACCAAGAUGGCUUUUGGAUCUAUUCGGAAUAUUGUAACAAUCACCUGGACGCAUGCAUGGAGCUCUCCAAGUUGAUGAAAGAUGGCCGCUACCAGCACUUCUUUGAAGCUUGCCGCCUGCUACAGCAGAUGAUUGACAUUGCCAUCGAUGGCUUCCUCCUGACCCCAGUGCAGAAAAUCUGCAAAUAUCCACUACAGCUGGCAGAACUCCUGAAGUACACAGCCCAGGACCACAGCGACUACAGGUAUGUUGCAGCAGCCCUCGCCGUCAUGAGAAACGUGACCCAGCAGAUCAACGAGAGGAAGAGGCGUCUGGAGAACAUUGACAAGAUCGCCCAGUGGCAGGCCUCGGUCUUGGACUGGGAGGGGGAGGACAUCCUGGACCGGAGCUCGGAGCUGAUCUAUACUGGGGAGAUGUCUUGGAUCUACCAGCCGUACGGGCGCAGCCAGCAGAGGGUCUUCUUCCUCUUUGACCACCAGCUGGUCCUCUGUAAAAAGGACCUGAUCCGGAGAGACAUCCUGUACUACAAAGGCCGCAUCGACAUGGACAAGUACGAGGUGUUCGACAUCGAGGACGGGCGCGACGACGACUUCAACGUCAGCAUGAAAAAUGCCUUCAAACUGCAUAACAAGGAGACUGAGGAGGUCCAUUUAUUCUUUGCCAAGAAACUGGAGGAAAAGCUUCGCUGGCUCCGGGCUUUCAGAGAGGAGAGAAAGAUGGUCCAAGAAGAUGAAAAAAUCGGCUUCGAAAUCUCCGAGAACCAGAAAAGGCAGGCUGCCAUGACGGUCAGGAAAGUCAGUAAGCAAAAAGGUAAGACCCCGCCCCGGGCCACGCUUGCAAGAUGGGCCAGCAGCAGGCCCGGCGUCUCGGGCCGCCCUCUCGCUGGCCUGCCUGUUUUCCGAGAAGCCCUCAUAACAAAGAAAGAGACCGAGACGGUCCCUUCACUAGUCCACGUCAUCCUGCCGCCCCGUGCUCUCAAGGCCUCCCCCGUGCCAGGCCCGCUCAGUAGAAUGGCACGACGUUCAGGAGGCAGCCGUUGGCUGUGUUGUCCUCAUUCUGCUGCUUCUCCAAGCCCUCGUCCCCGUCGUUUCUCACGCCACGGCCCGCUUCCGUUGGGUUCUUGCCCAGGCCGCGACUGA